AUGACAAUAGAAGAAUAAUUGUAAUAUUUAUAUUAUAUAAAAUAGAAAAUAAUGCUUAAGAUCUAAAAUAAAUACUUCUAAGGUUUUUAAUGGAACCUAUUUAAUAGAUCCAACAAUAAAUGAUAUUAAGAAAAUUAAUUUAAAAGGAAAGAGAUAAUUACAUCAUUUGUUAAAUAUGGAACCAAAAAAGAAAUUAUAAAAAAAAACUUCAUUAUUACAAAGGUAAUCUAGUAUCAUAAAUCCUUUAUAUUGUCGUCAAUCAUCAAUUCAAAAUAUAGAAGUUGAAGAUGUUACUUAAUAUAUGUCAUCUAAAAUAUUAGAAUCUAAAGCUAAUAUUGAAUUAUUAGUUGAAAGAUUAAAAUAACCAGAAAUUUCUGAAAAAUAAUAGUAUUUUUUUAAUUUUGUAUAAAACUGUGAUUGCAAAUCUCUAAAUACUCUAUUUUAAGAUUAAUAUUUUGAUAAUUCAAUAAUUAAUACACCUGAUUAAGUAUUAAUAUUAAAUAUAUUAUUAGAAAGGAUUCUAUGCAAUUCAUAUAGCUAUAAAGAAAUAAAAUCCAUAAUUACUUAAACUUCUCUUAAAGAAUGGUGCUAGAAUAGAUGUAUUAACUAAAAAUGGAAAAUCAUUAAAAUAGUUAAGUGAACUUUACCAAAAUUAGGAAAUUAUGGAAAUCUUAGAAAAAUACAAAUAUUAUUAAUGA